UAUUUCAUCGACAUCUUUCAACGGUAACAUCCCAACCCCAUUUCAACCGUCUGAUUUUAAUCAUACGUCCAUAAACACUCCCUAUUCCCACUUAAAAGCAACCCCAAAUUACGGUCAACAAAGUAGCUUUUGAUAGGGACAGCUAUGGAAGUAGGAGGUUCAGUGUAGAAAACAGAGUGAGUUGGGAAUGUUGUUUCUUUGUUGAAAAUUUUGUGGGGUUGAUUUUGUUGUUGCUGCUGCUAUGGAAUUCGCUUCUUCUUCUUCCUCUGUUCUUCGGGAAUUCCGCUUCGAUUUUGAUGAUCAAGUAUGUUUCUUUACUCCCAUUCUUUCUUCAAUUCAAUUCGCAAUUCAAAGAUUUUUCAAAUGAGUUUUUCACACUGUUGAUAUUCUUGGAAUCCGAUGAUUUCUUUGAUUUUUUCCUAAAUUAGAUUGAUUAUUUUUGUGUGUUCAUAUGUUAUAGCUCUAGAUUGAUUCUUUAUUAUUAUUUGUAGUUAGUCAAAAUUCAUUGAUUCAUUCAUAAUUGAACAUAAACUACAUUUAAUUAUUAUUAUAUUUUGUAGAGACACACACCACAAUUCACAAUUCACUCGAUUUUUCUCAUCGGAUUCCGGUUUAAUUGUUUUUUUUAAUCGAAAUCGCACACACUCACCUACAAAAAUCACAUAGUGCACAAAUAAGUAUAUUAUUGUUAUUAUUACACUGCAUAGUGUUUGUUUGUGUGCAUUCUUUGAGAUUUUAGAACAGAGGAUUAUCAUCAGACCAGAAAACAGAGUGUGUGAGAGAAAAACAGAGUAUAAAAAAGACAAAGAUCUGGGAAGAAGAAGAAGAAGAAGUGUGGGGGGUUAUUAGUUGAGAAGAAUGUUGGCUGGGUGUUCAUCAUCAUUGUUGUCACCAAGGCAUAGAUUGAGGAGUGAAGCAUCAGCACAGUUUCAAGCUUGUCAUUAUCCAUUACCUUCAAUGAGCACACAGAGAUUGGAUUUACCCUGCAACUUUCCAAGAAAAGAAGUAUCAGUCACUCGGCCGCAGUCGAUUCGAGCACCUGUGGUGGGACUUUCUUUGGAGAAGCCGACAUUGAAGCAGACUAUCAAGUUGCCGCCGCCGUCGCCGGAGGGGAGGAGGGAGAUCAAGGCUGAGUUUUGGCGGGAGAAAGGUAAGAGCUUGAAGAGAAGGUCUUUCAGGGACGAUGAUGAUGAUGGUGAUGACGAGGAUGAAGAUGAAGAAGGGUCUAAAAGGAAGAGAAGCAGGUUUGAUUUCGGUGAAUCUGAAGGUUUCUGGAUGCAGCAACCAGGGUUUGGGAUUGUUAAUUUCCCUCAACUUCCAUUUUCAAUCUCCUGUUCUGGGGAAGAAGAAAGGGUUUGCUUUGGUGGUCCAACUGAUGUGGUUUCUCCGCCGCCAUUGCCGCCGUUGUCGCACAAUCCUUGGAUUACAGAAUAUGGUGGUGAAAUUGAAGGUGAACCUAGUCAUCAUGGAGCUGUUACAACAACAACAACAACAACAUCAGGGUCAAGUUCUUCUUCUGACAGUCAUAGCUUGAACGUUCCUGAGUAUGGUCAAUUUGGAAAUGGGUCUAUGAACCCUAACCCUAACCCUGGUGAUGGUUCAAGGUUGGUUCGAACCCACAACACCAAUGAUCAAACCGAGCAGCAAGGGUUCGAGCUAGUGAGCUUUCUUAUGAGUUGUGUGGAAGCUAUUCAAACCAGAAACAUUCCUGCAAUUAACCAUUUCAUAGCCAAGUUAGGUGAGCAAGCUUCACCAAGAAGCCCAUCCACUAUUAGCCGUCUAACAGCUUACUUCACUGAAGCUUUAGCCUUAAGAGUGACAAGGCUAUGGCCUCGGAUAUUCCACAUAAGUGUUCCAAGGGAACUCGAUCGUUUCGAUGAUGAAUCCGGUGCAGCUGCAUUCAGGCUAUUAAACCAGAUUAGUCCAAUCCCAAAGUUCAUCCAUUUUACUGCAAAUGAGAUGCUUUUAAGAGCCUUUGAAGGGAAAGAUAAAGUUCAUAUCAUUGAUUUUGACAUCAAGCAAGGGUUACAAUGGGCUAGCUUUUUCCAAAGCUUAGCCACCAGGGCUAACCCUCCUAGUCAUGUUAGGCUAACCGGGAUAGGGGAGUCAAAGCAAGAGUUGGUUGAGACAGGUGAUAGGUUGGCUAACUUUGCUGAAGCAUUCAAUCUGCCAUUUGAAUUCCACCCUGUUGUUGAUCGUUUGGAGGAUGUUAGGCUAUGGAUGUUACAUGUAAAGGAAGGUGAAAGUGUAGCUGUAAACUGCAUAUUUCAGCUACAUAAGACUUUAUAUGAUGCUAAUAAUGGUGCAUUUAGAGAUUUCAUGGGUUUAAUCCGAAGUACUAACCCAACAGCUUUGGUUAUGGCUGAACAAGAAGCUGAACACAAUGAACCCAACUUGGAGAUGAGGGUUUGUAACUCACUAAGAUACUAUUCAGCUGUAUUUGAUUCCAUUGAUUCAACCCUUCCUUUCGACAUUCCAGCAAGGGUGAAGAUCGAGGAGAUGUUUGGGCGCGAGAUUAGGAACAUUGUUGCUUGUGAAGGGAGUGACAGGAUUGAAAGGCAUGAGAAGUUUGGGAAUUGGAAAAGGAAAAUGGAACAAGAAGGGUUUCGGGGUAUUAUGAGAAGGGAUGAUGAGAGUGAGGUGUUUCAGAGUCGGAUGUUGUUGAAGAUGUACUCAAAUGAAGGGUAUAAUGUGGAAGAACAAGGGGAUGAAGGUAUUACUUUGAGAUGGAUGGAUCAGCCUUUGUAUACUGUUUCAUUAUGGGGUUCUGUUGAUGCUGCAGGGAGUUCUUCCAGUUUUUCUCAGCCAAUUUGAUUGAUGAUGGAUUUUGCAAAGAGUAUAGGAAAUCGAAUUCUUUGUAGGUGAAGUAGAGGAAUUCUUUGAUUCUUUGAUGCAGAUAAAAUUCUUUUUUUUUUUUGGGAUUCAGCCAAGAUUUAGUUCUUCAGUUUAGCAAUUUUUUGGAUACAGAUUUCGUGUUAUAGGACAUACAUAUUGGUUCUAGCUUAGACUGUAUGAAACACAUGUUUAUUCUUCGAUUCUUUUGUGUAAUAUGAUGAUAUUCUUUGUAGUCGUUUAUUCAGGAAAUAUGUCUAUUCAUUUGUUAUUCAGGAUCACAAGGAAUAAAAAUUAUUCAUUCUGAGGUUUUUUCAUCA